AUGGAUGUAUGGUUAAAAUCAAUGGAUGUAUGCUUAAAAGCAUUGGAUGGAUACUCAAGAUCAAUGGAUGCAUGCUUCGAAUUAAUGGGUACCCAUUAUUUAAUGUCACACAAACGGUUGCAUUCUGAUACUAACGAGCUAUCUCUAUUUUCCUGGAUACAGGCUCAGGAGACAUUCAAUACCAGACAAAACGUUAUAGAUGUGCUCCCUAAAAAAAAGAAACCUAAUAUGCCACAUUGUUUACACCACAUGACAUGUUUUACGAUUACACCACAUAUUUUCCUAUUAUAUGGAGACGAGGGUACAAAAGUUGGAAUACAAGAGCAACACCAAGCAGCCGAAUGUCUCUUUAUGAUUCCCAAUGCUGCGUAG